CUCAUACCGAUAUUAAUUGGUUGCAUAUUUGGUCCAAGAGUUCAAAAAUGGCUGCCUGUUGGAAGCAUGUGCGACUUUGUGCGAGAGACCUUCACAAACUGAAGACUUUUGCACCUCUGAAAACGAACACAUGGAUUGAUACUAAAAGACUGCACACAAGCAUCAGAUCACACAGUUUUCUGUGUCAGUUUCGAAGCAAUUCCAGACAUCAUUUGAACAGGCCUGCUGUUGUUUGUGUUCUUCCGAUAACCCGAGGCAAGAGUACAACAGCAGCAGAAAAUGCUGCUCCUCCAUCUACCACAGGCUACAUCCCAGAACCACCACCACUUCCACAAGCCCCAGAAUUGGUCGACACCUUGAAUGCACUUGGAGAGCCGACCAUACAGAGCCUGGGGCUGGGAGGAUGGACCCCCAGUGGCAUGGUCCAGCAGGGGUUGGACUUCCUCCAUGUGGGCCUCGACUUGCCCUGGUGGGGAGCCAUCAUGAUCGGAACCGUGUGCUUGAGGAUGCUGGUGUUCCCACUGGUGAUCAAGUCGCAGCAGAAUGCAGCACUGAUGCACAACCAUGCACCCGUCAUGACUCGGCUGCAGGUGCGGAUGACAGACGCCCGUGCCAGUGGAGAUGCUAUAGCACUGCAAAGGGCAACUGUGGAAUAUUUGGCCUAUAUGCAAAAGAAUGGAAUCAAGAUGUUCAAAAGCAUGCUCGUCCCAUUUGCUCAGCUCCCUGUGUUUGUGUCUGUGUUUUUUGGGUUACGAGGAAUGGCCAACCUGCCGGUAGAAAGUAUGAAGCUGGGAGGGCUGUACUGGUUCACGGAUCUCACCGUGCCGGAUCCUUUCUAUGCUCUGCCAAUUGUUACAGCUGCAACAUUUUUGUUGAUCGUACAGGUUGGUGUGGAUGGCGUGCGUGCAGAUAUGAUGAGUCCGUUCAUGCGAUACGGAAUGAGAGCCAUGCCCUUCAUCAUGCUGCCCUUCAUCUCCAACUUCCCCGCUGCCCUCCUCACGUACUGGUGCACAACUAACGCCUUCUCGCUUCUACAAGUUCUGUUUCUUAGGAUCCCAGCUGUGCGAACCAAGUUUGGUAUUGAACAGAUGGUCAAGCAUGAAGUGUCAGCAAUGCCAAAGAAGAAAGGAUUUGUUCAAGGAUUCAAAGAGGCUAUGGACAACGCCGGCCGCGCCUCGCAGUUUGAGGAACGACAGAGACUGGAUGCGGUAAGAUUCAAGAAAGCGGGAGAAGGCCCCAUGGUGAAGACCUACAGCUACAACCCCACCAAGAUACAGACCAUUAAACCAUCCAAAAUAUCCAAUGUAAACAAGACAGUCCAAGCAAAGCCUAAGUGAUGGAUGCUUUUUUAGAUUAAUUUGUGAUACUUAUCAACCUGUUAUAAAUGACGAUCAUGUAGUGAAGGUGAUAUCACGAGUCUGUUCAUUACUGUCUGUUUAUGGAUCCCUGGAGUGUGCAAGUGCUUGUGAUGCCCGACCGAUUGUACCAACGACAGAUGGAUACAGUAUCAUGUCUCUCUACAAAGUGGGCCUAUCUUGAUGUAGCACACUGUUCUCACGGACAAGAUACGGAACCUAAUUAAACAAAUUCUAAAUUCUUGGUUCCCGAACAAUGUUUACAUUGACAUGGCACCAGAACAGGAUGAGGGCAGAGUGCAUGAGCAUUACAGCUGUACAGCUGCUGAUGUUAUAGUCUGUACUUUGUCGGCAGUUUGUCACAUCACCACCCUUACCUAUCCACCCAGGUUACAAUAGGUCACCAGAACUCCAUUUAAUAGUCAGCAAAUUUGGAAGAAAUGUUCGGUGACUUAGUUUAUUUGGUGGCCUCCAACUGUGUGGAACAUGACCUAGUUGUUGCAUGUACAACUUUGAAGAUUGUAUAGUUUUUUUUUGACUCAAGUCAAGAAAAGAUAUUUAUGUCCGAAAAUAAUUAUUACUUGGAUUGUGAAUGGUGAGAACCUGGUUCUGGUAUGCAAUGAAUGUAUGCAUGACCAUGUAAGUGUGUGUGGGUGUGAUCGAGAGCGACAUGGAUGAUUGGGUUGUUAGCUGCAUAUUUGUGAUGCAACAUUGUCCAUGGUGGUUAUAUUGUAAAUUUUUGUGGGAUCAUUAUUGCAGUUGUCUGUCAGCAAAGAACAAUUCUUUCAGCACACAAGAUCUUUGGACUUCACUCUCGGCAGUUACAAUCUGAGCUGGGUCCACCUACCAGUAGUACUCCAGCAAUGUUGAUCAGAGGGAUUCUGCCCCUACUGAGUACAUAUAGAGGAAGGCACAUGCAUUUAUUGUUUCAGGAUACGAAAGGGAUAGUUCUGUAACUGAGUGAAUAAAGUGUGAAACUGUC